AUGAAUUUGCAACUAUUUAAGAAUAAAAAAUUAUCUAGUGACAUGUAUAAAACAAAGAAUGAAAGUAACUUAUCUAAAGAACAAAAUGAAGCUAUAAUUGUUCCAGAAAAUAAAAGGAUUGUACUUCCUUCUUAUUACAAUUACUGCAUAAUGAACAGCUGCAUUUUAACCAUAUUAAGUACAGUAGAUACACGAUAUAUUAAUGUCAUUAACGCAAACUCAAAAAACGCGAGUAAUCUUUUCUCUUUAAGAAAAAAAACACAAUCAAAAAAUAAGAAAGGUACAUACAAAAGUUCAAAUAAUAAGGAUCGAAAACAUCAAUAUGAUAAGACAAGCGUGUGCGAAAAUUGUGUGGGAUCAUAUAACUCUAUUCAAUAUAAAAAUAACAUUAAGCAUAAAUCUUUGAAGAAUAUAUGUUUUGAAGGAAAAAUGCCUAUAACAUAUUCGAAUUUAGAAAAUACUAACACAGGUAAAGUGAAUGAAAAUUUAGAGUAUGUUAAUUACUUCAUGUACAAUGCAUUUAAAAAUGAACAUAUGAACACUGUUCCAAAAUCUAAAAACAGUAAUUCCAUUGUAAAUAACCCAUACCCAAAUAGGAUACAAAUGACUAAUUACAGUGGUAUAAAAUGUGCCCAGUUCAAUAAAAAAAUUGCAAAUUCACAAAUAAGACGUGAAAAUAAUGAGAUAUUGAAAAAUAAUACAUGUAUAAUGACAGAACAUUAUAAUUUAAAGGACAAUAUUAAAUUUUAUAAUGAUUCUAAUAUCAAGCUAAAUAAGAAUUUAGGUGAUAUGGAAAUUUUGCAUAUUAACUAUGAAGAUAAGUCAAAAAAAAAUCAAUGUUUGUCUUUAACAGAUUAUCAUAAAAAAGAUAUAGAAAAAAGUGUAAAACAAAAUAAUGAAAUAGAUAAUGGUUCAAGUCAACAUUUUAGUAUUUUUCACCAUGUAAAUCCUUUAUUUGACAAGAAAAUAAAGAAACAAAAAAAAAACUAUAUGGGUGCUUGCUUUUUAAGUUUAAAUAGUUUUUCUUGUCAAUUUCUAAUGUCAUGUGAUAAGACAUAG